AUGCCUCCUCGUGCAGUAGCCAGUCCCAAGAAGAAAAGGUCCAAGCGCAAAGCUUCUGACGCUUCAAAGGCUAGCUUACCGAAGAAGCCCCGUGCAGCAAACCCCGUCGAAAUUCCUAGCAUGCCGCUUGUAUCUCUUGGUCUAACCAAAGUUGAUGCAGCGGACGCUGCUCCUCGACGUUCUGGCCGCCCCAAUGCGGGAACAGGGGGUAGGAAUGCCCAGCUGGAGAAAAUUGGGGUAGUGUUAGAGGCUAAGUCCAGGAAUCGGAAACCCAAGGGCACCACAUCUCUUGGUACGGUCAAUCCCGUGAACCCUCAGGCUCCAGAACCACAUCGUAAAGGCCGAAAGAAUCAUCAGAAGGUGCUCCCCCCGCCAUACAGUCCUGACCCCUCAGACUUCAGUGCCAGCCCCCAGCAAAAUGGCGGGAGGUUUGGUUUUGCAGCUUCGACCACCACUCGUGUUGUCCCUCCUGGCGCAGAGCCCAAUCCUCAAGUCUUGAAUAACCCAUAUCUUGAGCAGCGCAAUCAGAAUACUUUCGCUGAUCACUCCCGCAGUUCACAACCUCAAACAACUGCUACCUUGUCAGAUUACAAUAUAGACCCGGCCCUGCGUGAGGAGGGUGACGUCGCUAGGCAAGGACUUCACGCAAGGCUGGUAGGAUCCGAUCUGGAGGACAGCGACUCUAGCGGUAGCGGUACCGACACUGACAUUGACAAAGACGACAACGAAGAGGGAUUUUCAGCUGAAGGACUCCCUACUCAGGCUCGAGUUGCUCGCCCUCUGACACCAGACUUCGAAUUUCAAUACUCACGCGAUGAAGAUGAAGACUCUGCCCGGAUGCGUCUCAACAACAGCAACCAGCCUCUGGGCACCUUACCAGGAGUGCAGCAGGAACGAUCGGAUCCUCAGACUAACACCUCAAAGGCCGAGGAUGUAUUGAAGCGCCACCAUAAGAAAAAUGGUCAGCCUCGCCUUCCCGACCCUGAAACGCUCCAGCUGUUGAAUCAAGUGGCGGAGUCUGUCGACCAAGUUCAGCGCCGGUCAAAAUCCAAGAACCCCAAGGGAUCUGACGGGCCGAGGCCUGAUCAACUGGCUUGGUAUGGACCACGCUGGAAAAGUUUUCUCGAGGAGGCCAAAGGAGAGUGUCGCGGGCAGCAUGCCCUGGAAAACCCAUUCCCGCCUUUAGUCAAGGAGAUGCCAGGAACCAUCUCCGAGGUUCUACUUUCAGUUCUGGUCGCAUGGGACAAGAACGGUAGACAGUUUGAAGCUGGUACGGUCUGGCCAGAGCAGCAAUAUAACAUGACGCGAUUGUUGUAUGACGACCUGUCAACUUGGCGGUCUGAUCUGAAGAAGCUUGCAAUAAGCAUCGCGCCGCUAUCAUACUCGCUUUUGCCUCCGCCUUCGGUUCCUCCUCAACAACGUGCAACUUGGGUCGAAAAUGCUGCUAAAAAUUUACUCCAGGGUGGUUUGUAUUUACGGUUUGGAAUAGACGAGAAUUUCCACUGCGUCUUUGACGGUCUUGAGAAGAACGUAAUGGUAACGUUUAUCCGAAUUUUCUCCUCGAAGGAAUACUCGCCGAUCUACCGGAAAAUGCUCGACAUCAUCAAAAAUACCCUCAAGGACGAAUAUCACGGCCCUAGAUUGUCAGCACCAACUUCGAGAAUGGGCGAAGCCGGAUGGGCCGAAAAUCUCAAGCUCGACGGCGGCGCUAUGGAGGCGAGACAUGACCACCUCCAGGUUAUUCUGGACUAAACCUUUGUAUUCCGCACUCUUCACUUACCCUGUAGUCGCAUUUCUUUGAUUCGUCA